CGAGGGGCUAUUUCGGGAGAAGACAGAUUGUCUCCAGCGAUGUCAAUAAAACCCUGCAAGAAACCUAACGCGAGCCCAUAUCAGUAGUCCCUUCUCUCUCCGCGAGAAUUAUUCCAUGGACGAAUCCGCGGCAAAAUCAAUGGAAAUCGACGAACCUCGUACUGAAGCGGGAGAUGCCGAGCGAGGACCAGAACCCAAAAACCCUAGCUCCCAUUCCUCCUCCUCCUCUUCGGAUUCCGAUUCCGACGAGGAAGGAGUAGACGAGACUCAACUCCUAACCCUAGAAUCUCAGCUCCAAGAGAAUCCAUGGAACUACGAAGCUCAUGUUCAGUAUAUUCAAUCUCUGAGGAGACUUGGGCAUAUCGAGAAAUUAAGGAAAGCGAGGGAAUCCAUGAAGGAGCAUUACCCUUUGACCCCUAAAAUGUGGCAGGAGUGGGCCAAAGAUGAAGUUUCCUUAAAUAGGAGUUCAGAAGUUUUCGCUGACAUUGAAAAGCUUUAUGAAUGUGGAGUACAUGAGUACUUGUCUGUGCCGUUGUGGUGUGAUUACUUAAAUUUUGUUCAAGAAUGCGAUCAGUUGGUGUCUCAAUGUGCACCGGAUGGCAUCCUAAAAAUGAGAAGCUUAUUUGAACGGGCUCUUACUGCUGCUGGAGUGCAUGUGGUUGAAGGCAGCAAGAUAUGGGAAGCAUACAGAGAGUAUGAACAAGCGAUCUUUUUGACAAUUGGUGAUGACAAUAAUGAGGAAAAAUCAAAACAGGUUGAUCGGAUACGUACUUUAUUCCAUCGACAACUAUCUAUCCCCUUAGUGGAUUUAGAAUCAACAUUAGUUAAUUACAGGCUUUGGGAGGUGGAACAAGGGAACACUAGCGAUAUGAACUCGGAAUUGGAUGGGGUCCCUGCUAAUGUUGUCUCUGCAUAUAAAAAAGCUUUGGAAAUGUAUAAUGCUCGAAGCAUGUAUGAGGAUCAACUGUCUAAGAGUGAUAUUUCUGAUCCUGAUAGAUUUCAGUCUUUUAUGAACUAUAUCAAAUUUGAAGAGUCCUCUGGUGAUCCUGCUCGUGUGCAGGUUCUUUAUGAGCGUGCUGUCUCCAAGUUACCCUUGUUCAGUGAAUUAUGGUUAAAAUAUUGUAGUUAUUUGGAUACUACUUUGAAGGUAUCUCACAUUGUCAAAGAUGUGUAUUCUAGAGCUGUUAGAAAUUGUUCAUGGGUUGGAGAUCUUUGGGUCCGUUACCUGCUGUCAUUGGAGCGCUUAGGUGCUUCAGAAAAGGAGCUGAGCGCUGUGUUUGAGCGGUCCAUUCAAUGUGUUUUCCAAAGCUUUGAAGAGUAUUUGAAUUUAUUUCUUACCCGAAUUGAUGGUCUAAGGCGGAGGAUUUCUUUUGAUGGAAAAAAAGAGGAUGGGCUGCAUUAUACUCUGAUAAGGGAUAUGUUUCAGCGAGCUGCUGAUUACUUCUCUGCAGAGAUGAUCAGAAUUGAUGAUUUAUUGCGUUUGUAUUCUUAUUGGGCUCGUUUAGAGGUUACCCUUGGAAAAGAUAUUGUUGCAGCUCGUGAUGUUUGGGAAAGCUUGAUUAAGAAAAGUGGAUCUAUACUGGAAGUGUGGCAAGGUUAUAUAGAGAUGAGAAUUGGAUUUGGUCAUAUAAAUGAGGCGCGAUCCCUUUAUAGGAGAUGCUACACUAAAAGAUUAUCAGGAACAGGUUCUGAGGAGAUCUGUUACUCAUGGCUGCGUUUUGAACGGGAAUAUGGCACAUUAGGCGAUUUUGACCUUGCGUUGAGUAAGGUAACACCACGCCUGAAAGAGCUGGAGAUGUUCAAGACCCAACAAGAGAUAAACGGCUCUUCAUUUCCUGCAAAAGAAAACAAUUUGGUUUCAAGAAAUGUUCCUGAAAAAAGAAAGAUGAUAACAUCAACCAGUGUUAAGCAGCCUCCCUCAAAGAGACGGAAAGAUGCAGCACCUAAAGCUGGCGAAGUAUCUCAUGCAGAUUCAAUUAAGAACUCCAAGAAUAAGCAUGAUGCAGAAGUUACAGAUAAAGCAGAAGCUGCCACUUCAUCUAAAUCUGUGGAAAUUGAUGCCAACACUAAACAAUCUAAGAGAAACUUGUACACAGAUCAGUGCACAGCAUAUAUUUCGAAUAUUAACCUUGAGGCAAAGGAGGAGCACUUGCGUGAAUUCUUUUCAGACGGCGGUGGAGUAACUGCUAUACGUCUACCGAAGGACAAACAAACUGGCAAACAAAGGGGAUUUGCAUACGUGGAUUUUUCAGAUGAGGAACAUCUAGCAGCAGCCAUUGCUAAGAACAAGCAGAAGAUGCUUGGGAAAAAAUUAAGUAUAGCACGUGCAGAUCCAACGCAGGGCCGGAAAAAAGCCCCUGCUGUUAGUGCUUCAUCAGAUCCAAUGCAGGGCCAGAAAAAAGCCCCUGCUUUUAGCAAUUCAUCUCGGGGUCGUGGUAGAGGAGCACCCUUCAGAAAUGAACACGGUGGCACUUCAAGGACUGCUAAAGUUGUGGUCACAGAGGGUGAAAGUGAAGUAAAACCCAUAGGGAGGAAUACCUUCUUUGCUGCACCCAGGGCAGUUAGAUCCCUUGCGGGGAGUAACAAAGAACCAAAGGGUGCAGACAACAUCGAGGAACCAAAAUCUAAUGAUGAAUUCCGAGCAAUGCUUUUGAAGAAAUGAUUUCCUUUUUGUAUUGACCUAGUUGUAUAGUUUUGUAGGAAGGCAAAUGAUGGCUUCCUUGUGUAUUAUAAAUUCCCUUGUAAAAUUCGAAUCUCGCACCUGGGUUUAUUUUUAUUGGACAUCUUUGUACUUGGUCGGCUCAAGGGCAUUAAGCAUGAGACAA